UUUAGUAAAUAUCCUAGAACUCUACCCGGGAAGGUGUUGGUGACGUCGUGGUGGAUGCUGCUGAUGGUGAUGACGACAGUCUACAGUGCCAACCUGGUGGCCGCCCUCUCUGCACAGACUGAUGUCAAACCUUUCUCUGACCUAGAGGGGCUUCUCGACAGUGACUACUCUGUUGGCAUGAGACCUAGUGGAAUGAGCCGUCAAUUACUAAAGUCAAGUCUUCCCUCAAGUGUCAGUGGAAGGAUUUGGUCCAAGAUAUCUGCCAACGACCCAGUCUUCCUUGAAUCAAAACUUGAGGAUCAUUUCAAAAGAGCGAGAAGUGAGAAGUAUGCCUUUCUGGAGUAUAGGACAAUUACAAACCGCCUAAUGGCUGAAGACUGCCAAUUGGAGCUGCUAGGGGAAAGUGUACUAUGGGUACAACUGGCAUUUGGAUUGCCUCAAAGGUCCCCCCUGAAAGCCGACUUCGAGAAGGUAAUGUCGCAGCUCACCGCGAGUGGCAUACUAGACGUAAUCUGGGCGAAAUGGUCUGUCAAGAGAAACCUGACAAAUUGUCCACAAAAACGAAUCUUGAAGUCAAUCACAGUGAACCAGAUUGGAGGUGGUUUCAUCGUCGUGUGUGCGGGGACUGGACUCAGUAUCAUUGUGUUGUGUAUGGAGAAACUGAUACAUUUAAGGCAAAACUGAUUAACUAAUGAAUCAGAAUCAUCAUACUGUACCACAGAAGAGAACAGUAUCAUUUUGAAACUAGCAAACUUCCGACAAAAGUGAUG